UAGCUAGCGCCGUUGUCAAACUCUAGAAUUUUAGCGGUGUCGCGGAGUGUUUAAUCAUUGUUUAUCGAACUUCUAAGAGCUCACUCUCGGCAUUUCUUGGCCUAAUUCCAUCAUGGGCUUUAGCUUUAAGUACACUCGCUAUUCUGCCAUCGCUCAAAUCACUUUGGGAGUUUUGAGCAUUGUGUUUGGUAUCGCUGAUCGAGCUGUGAUGUACAAGAGACACGCUUUUCACUCGGAAUCUGUUGUGCCGAUAUGGAUGGGUGUUUGGUUUGUUAUCACUGGAGUCAUUGGUGUACAUGGAAGUAAGCGCAGCAAUGCUAGGGAUGGAAGAGCAUCUAGGCCACUGAUUGGGACCUACCUUGCUUUUAGUAUUGUCUCUACUGUAUUUGCUGCAGUAAUCAUCAUUAUGUAUACCAUUGGAGUUGCAAGAGUCAUAACAAAAGGCUCUCCUUGUCGUUAUGCAGAAGAAUAUGUGUAUGUUUAUAACAGCCAACACUAUCGUGACUACAAAUACAUAUCAGUAGAAAAGGAGUGCAAGACAAGUGUUGCUAUGGGUUCCCUGGUCAUCAUCUUUGCCAUUCUUGAGUUCUGUGUUGGUAUCUGGGCCUCUAUUUGUGCUUGCACCAAUGGCUGCUGUGACUGCUGUAAUCCCACAAUGCAACAGCCUACACAAAUGGGCCAAGUGAUCUAUCUCCAAACCCAACAAGGCCCACAAGCGUACAUCAUGACACAAAGUGCAAAUGGGGUUCCUGUGGCAGUACCUGCUAUGGUACCAGGCCAGGUUCAAAUGUCUGCCGUACCAGCCCCUACUCAGGCCAUGUACCCAUCGCCUGCUGGUGCUCAAGGGGGUGGUGCUCAAGGGGGUGUUGCUCAAGGGGGUGGUACCCAUGAUGUCCAUAAGGCACCUUAUUUUCAAACUCAAAGUACACCUCCAGCUUACCUAGCUUGAAAUACAUGCCAUGCG